GAUCGUCUGGGAGAGGCCAGUUCAUCAACCAUCAAGUCGCUGAACCUCGAUAAAGAUGCGGUCUACGAACGCGUUCUGGGAGUAGUGUGGAUUCCAUCUGCCGACCACUUCACCUUUGAUCGGACAGGACUUGAAGAAGUUCUGGGAAGCAAUCCGGCGGCGCCUACCAAAAGGCAAGUACUCCGAACAGUAAUGAAGCUGUAUGACCCCUUGGGCUUUGUCGCGCAUUUUGUUGUACAUGGCAAAAUUUUGAUGCAGGAGAUCUGGCGGUCGGGGACAAAUUGGGACGAACCUAUAGCAGAACAUCUACGAGAACUAUGGAUUAAGUGGAUUGCACUUUACGAAAGCAUCAAUGAAGUAGCAAUUCCUCGCUGCUUCUUCGGAGACCUUCAGCCGCAACACGUAGAUGAAAUUGAAAUUCACGUGUUCACGGACGCAAGUAUAGCGGCGUGCGCAUGCGUAGCCUAUUUGAGAAUGGCGCACAACGGAGGUAGCUGGUGUUCAAUGAUAGCUGCAAAAACCAAAGUAGCGCCCCUUCGGACACUUUCAGUCCCUCGGCUGGAGCUCCAAGCUGCCAUGAUGGGAGCGCGUCUGCUGCAAAACAUCUGUACGGCUCUCACUCUCAAUAUUCGGAGGCGAUUCUUGUGGACUGAUUCAUCUACAGUUUUGGCGUGGAUUCGGUCGGACGGUAGGCGAUAUCACCAGUUUGUCUCUUUCCGUGUUGGCGAAAUUCUUUCGCUCACUAGCGUUGAUGAAUGGAAUUAUGUUCCGUCGAAAAUGAACGUUGCUGAUGACGCCACUAAGUGGAACGCUGGCCCAUCCUUCGAUCCUGAUAGCCGAUGGUUUAAGGGUCCAUAUUUCCUGCGAGAGCCGAAGGAGCGGUGGCCGAGGGAACCAGCAAAAGAGGUAUCCGGAACCGAGGCAGCGAGCGAAGAGGUACAUAUUGUAGCUGUCCACCAAAAGAUCGAGGAGUUAUUUGAAGUUGGACGUUUUUCGAGCUGGAAUCGUCUAAUCCGGACGAUGGCACAGGUGUACCGGGCAGUAAAGGUAUGGAAGCGCUUUCUGGGUCGAGAAAAGUGUAGCUCCCUACUAGAUCGAGAUGACUUCGUGAAAGCAGAAGAAGCAAUCUGGCGGCAAGCACAGGCUAGCGCAUACCCUGAGGAGAUUCGAGAGUUGAAGAAUGGAUGCAGAGUUCAAAAACGAAGUCCGUUGCAUACAUUGUCCCCUGUUCUUGAUGAGCAUGGUGUUAUAAGGAUGGAUAGUCGGAUCAGCAGUGCUCCACAUGUUCCGUAUGCUACUAGAUACCCUGUAUUACUUCCAAGAGAGCAUCGCAUAACUUAUCUUCUUGUGCACGAAUUCCAUAAACGAUUUCUCCACGCGAACGGCGAAACAGUCUGUAAUGAACUACGACAGCAGUUUUAUGUACCGAAGCUUCGGGUACUCGUACGGAAAGUGAGCCGAGAGUGUCAGCACUGUAAAAUACAAAGGGCUAGACCAGUACCACCACUGAUGGCUCCGUUGCCAAAAGUACGUCUAACGCCCUUCAUUCGACCCUUCACAUUCGUGGGCGUCGAUUAUAUGGGACCGUUCCUGGUCAAGAUUGGGCGCAGUAGCGUUAAACGGUGGAUUUGUCUCUUCACCUGUUUAACAAUUCGCGCAAUUCAUCUGGAGCUGGUACAUAGCCUUUCAACAGCCUCAUGUAUAAUGGCUUUCCGGAGAUUCGUGGCUAGAAGGGGUGCACCAUCGGAGGUCUUCUCGGACAAUGGCACCAACUUUGUGGGUGCUAAUCGGCAGUUAGCGGAGGAAAAGAGGAAGCUCGAUAAGAUAAACGAGGGUUGUGCAUCCACGUUCACCAAUGCGCAAACUCAAUGGCAUUUCAACGUUCCAGUUGCUCCCCACAUGGGAGGUCCAUGGGAACGCAUGGUACGAUCCGUCAAAGUGGCGAUGCGAGCUAUAUCGGAUAAUCCUCGGCAUCCCAGCGACGAAGUGAUAGAAACUAUUAUGUUAGAGGCUGAAGCGAUUGUAAAUUCUCGUCCACUAACCUACGUACCACUUGAAGACGUACACCAAGACGCACUUACACCAAAUCAUUUUUUGAUGUACGGAUCGACUGGCAUUAAGCAACCUACAACGAAGCCUGAUUGUGAUGGAAACGUACUCCGGGACAGUUAUAAAUUGACACAACGUAUCGUGGACGGUUUCUGGAGCAGAUGGACGCGGGAGUAUCUUCCGAUGUUGACUAGACGAACAAAAUGGUUUGAACCAACAAAACCCUUGGAACCUGGAGACUUGGUAGUAGUUGUUGACGAGAAUUCGAGGAACAGCUGGGAAAGAGGCCGAAUUUUGGAGACGUAUCCAGACAAAUCAGGACAAGUGCGGCGAGCAAAAAUACAAACAUCUAGAGGAGUCUUCAGCAGACCUGCUGUGAAGCUGGCAGUUCUCGACGUUGCCGUUCAGGAUAAGAACCUGGAAGAUGUCCCUAGGGAAUCGGAAGUAGUUCACGGGGCGGGGAAUGUUGGCGGUACCCCUCGUUGCGGCACGCAGAGAGUGAAGCAACUUACCGUUCCCUCGGACGAGUCGGUGUAAAGAUGCGGGUUGACAGAAUUCGUAUGUCACUGUCAGAAUUCGUUUAUCAGAACCUGUAUCAUGAAUCAGCAAUAAUAUUGAACUAUAUCCACGAGUGAGUUGUUGCAAUAGUUGGUUUUUCGAAAGUUUAAAUAUUGGAUUCCUAAGUAGCUCAUUAGUAGUCGUGCGUGAAUUAAAGCUGAAUUUAGGGUACGUUUUGCCUGAAAUGAAAACAUUAUACUCACCUUAACCUUGAAUCAUAUGAACACCUGUAGAUUUCCCGUUAAUUGAUGAUCGUCGAUAAGAUUGUCCUUCGCGGUAGAUUGUCCGCAGUUAGCAGUAAAACACUGAAAUUGUAAGAAGCCCCUCAUACUUACCCAAAGACAUUAUUAAUGAUUGACUUAAUAAAUUACAGCCUUGUAGCUGCUUAAUAGCAACUCACAAGACGGUGUUUUUUUUC